AACACGAAGCUGCUUCGCCUUAUCGCCCUGCUGGAGUUGAGCCAAAAUGGCGGCCAGAGCGUCGCUGCUUCCUGCGAGGGCACUGGGGCUCAUCCUUUGGCUAGACUAGACAUAACCACAGUUUCCAAACUCGGACAGCGUGGUGGACAGUUUGACAGAAUGGUGAGGGUGGUGUUCCUCCAUCCGGACCUUGGUAUUGGAGGUGCUGAGCGGCUGGUGGUUGAUGCUGCUGUGGCUCUAAAGUCUCAGGGAUGUAGUGUUCAGAUCUGGACGGCCCAUUACGACCCAACACAUUGUUUCUCUGAGACCCUGGACCCAGACCUGCCUGUGGUAUGUGUGGGUGACUGGUUACCUACCAAUGUGUUUGGCUAUCUGCAUGCCCUGUGUGCAUACCUGAGGAUGAUCUAUGUGGCCUUUUAUCUGGUCUUCCUUAGUCAGGUGGAGUAUGAUGUCAUUUUCUGUGAUCAGGUGUCUGUGUGUAUACCUGUAUUGCGACUGUCCCGUCGCAGGAAGAAGGUUCUGUUCUACUGUCACUUCCCGGAUCAGCUGCUGACGCAGAGGAAGUCAGCUUUGAAGAAGAUUUACAGAGCUCCCCUCGACUGGCUGGAGGAACGGACCACUGGCAUGGCUGAUAUGAUUCUGGUAAACAGUCACUUCACUGCAGGCAUCUUCAGGGAGACCUUUCACAGUCUAGGCAGCAUCCAGACAGAUGUCCUCUAUCCCUCCCUCAACACGCACACCUUUGACCAGUCAUCCACUGAAGCGCAGGGCCUGGAAGGCCUGCUCCCUGAGGGAACCUCCUGCCUGUUUCUGUCUCUGAACCGAUACGAAAGAAAGAAGAAUUUGGGUCUGGCUCUGGAGGCUCUGGCAGUCCUCAGGUGCAACCUUCCCCCAGGUCAGAGAGCAGGUAUUCAUCUGGUGGUUGCAGGGGGCUACGAUGACCGUGUUACUGAAAACGUUCAACACUACACCGAACUGAAAGAAUUAGCGGAGCAGCUGCACCUGGGGGACUGUUGCACUUUUCUGCGUUCCCCGUCAGAUUCCCUGAAGGUGGCGCUGCUGCAGGGCAGCACCGCAGUGCUCUACACGCCCAGCAGGGAGCAUUUUGGGAUAGUUCCUGUAGAGGCCAUGUAUUGCUGCUGCCCUGUUAUCGCUGUGAACUCUGGGGGGCCGCUGGAGAGCGUGGCAGACGGGGAGACGGGCUUCCUGUGCGAGCCUACAGCAGAGGCUUUCUCUAAGGCCAUGGAGAGACUCGUCAAGGAGCCAGACCUCUGCAGUAUCAUGGGACAAGCUGGGAAGAGGAGAGUACAAGAUAAGUUCUCUCUUCAGGCCUUUUCAGACCAGCUGCAUGACUACAUUGUGGGGCUCAGCCAGUGAAGGCACGGCAGCAAGAGAAAACCAGUGGGAAUGUCAAACUGACUGUGAACUGAGAACUGCAGUGAAUGUCUUCUAACAGGAUAUAUGUGAAUAUGUUGGGGGAUGGUGAAGGGUGUAUUAUGAGGACUUAGAGGAAAAUUAAUCAGCAUUCCCCUGGAGGGGUUGCUUAGAGGAAAGGAAAAAGGAUGGAAUUUCUUCACCAAUUAAGAAAUGAGAAAUGAGUUUACCUAUCGUAUCUCUGGAAAAAUACCACCCUUUGCAAAAGUGUGUGUUUGUGUAAGUAAUUGCGCGAGUGGAGCAACACAGCAAUAAGGAGCCUCGGAAAUGAGCGCACCAAAAAGAUUGAUUGUUAGAGUGAAAUGUUCUGCUCUGUUUGUGCGUUUUCUUUUCCUACAGUUCUCCUUGUGUUGGUGUGUUCUGGGAAUAAAGAACAAGAAUCUAGUUGUCACUGCGAACCGUUGGGCAGUGCAAAACCUUGGAUCGAUAAACAGGAUGCUUUUUUGCAGCGUCCUGUCCGCACAAAGCUUUGUUCCCCUUCUUCUCCAGAAGACACUGGCCUGUCCAUGACUCUUGCAGCUACAUGGCUGUUAUUAGUAAAAGAUUGAGAGUGUUAUGGCUUUAUUAGAGGUCUGGCUGAUGGACAGUGUGUCUGUGUCUGGGUCAUUAUCAAAGAGGAGAAUAGCAGAAGGUCAUUGUGUCUGCACAUAAGACUCCCUACUGUAUAGAGAUGCUUUUAUUGACAUUCUUGAAGUCUUAAUAAACAAGAGGGCACAUAGUUUCCUGAGUCUGAGUCUUACUUUGUUGGUAAGGGUUUUCUUGUUUGGCCUUUAAUGAAGUUUGAGAAGGAUUUUGUGGCUGCGCAAGGAGCCAGAGAAAAGAUUAAUGCUGUGAAUGGUUCUCAUUGCUCAUUGAAUUGUUGAAUAAAACAUUGUCAACAAA